AUGAUCGAAAAAUACAACAUACGCGACUACCCUGAGUGCGCAGCGAGCGGUUUCAUCAAGGUCCACCAACUUAGGGACCACAUCCUAGCCCAAAGCGAAAUCUUGCCUCGGGAUAGGGAGAGACGCUUCAUUCCGCCGAAGGAACAUUUUGAAUUCGUGGAAGAGCAGCAAGAGCUCCUGGCAAUAGCUGCGGUGUGUGCGGAACCAACUCCUCCCCCAGGGGUACCCGAAUUCCUCAAGGACAUCUUGAAUCAUGACGGGAGUGACAACGGCCAUAGCGCUAGGGACAGAGCCAUGGAAAAGGAUGAGUUUUCUAGACAUCAUGACAGGCACAUCUGCGACUCCAACCCACGGGAAAUAUACGACGAGUCUCUCAGCGGAGAGCCUUUCAGGGACAAUACUAACUCGCCGGCACUACAAGUCCUUAAAUACAGCUGCCGCACCCUGUUCAACGUGGACCUGGACGCAACCGACGAAUUAGAGCAGUUCGAACAAGAUAAUUUAGUCGAGAUUGUCGAGGAUUUCGUAGAACAACUCAAGAAUACCUUCGAUGCAACGACGAGCUGGACGAAUCAGCAGACGUCAUCAUCUACACAACAACGGAGUGAGACUCGAUCUGGCCCAAAGGCUCUCAGGGAGCACCUACGCGACCACCACAAGCGUGUGGAUGGAGCACUGUUCGUUUGUGUCCGAUGUUUCCAAGGCUUCCGCGACAAGCCCAGUCACGACCAACACGCCCGGGAGGAUCCCCUUUGUAUAAUAGAGGAUUGGAAAGCGCACCACAAGCUUGGCUUAGAGGGCUCGCUGUUACCACGCCCCAGCGGUUCUCCUGAGGAGCAAUGGCGGGAAAUCUGUUGUUCCGUCCUGAGGUCCGCUGACGCUAAUGUAUCACCAGAUUACGCAGCUGUCAUCGAACACUUCGAGCUGUCUCAAGAGCUUUACAGGGGCAUUCCGGACCUCAUCUCGUCUAUCCUCGGCACUGAAACAUACAUGUAUACAUCGCAUGACAUAGGAAAGUUCUUGGAAUGGAGAGAAGAAAAGUUCCAACUCGGGCAACAAGAAGGGUCCCCAGAAGAAUCCGAUCUUCCCUCUUCCGAGCUAGCGAAUGGGCAGGUUUUGCGCGUGUUUAGCAUUAUCCGAGAACAUUACAACAAGGUCUUCGCUGGUCUCGAAGAAAGUAGGAAAGCUAUGCCCUACGAGAACAAUCAGAGCAGAGACCGGGGAGGUGUGAAGUCCCGGCGACCCGGUGGUGCCGUCGAACGAGGCAUCCCAACACCCAUGUCUGACCAGAGCCCAUCUGCUUUAACACCUGGGAUGUCGAGCGAUGGCAAUGGAGAGUAUCACCACCGGAGCAAAGGCCAAAGCUAG